AUGGCGACAUUGGAGGCCGAGCUGAGGACCUUGAACGCGGAAGGCCGGACUAGGGAAGUCGGGCAUGUCGUAAACGGCCGACCUCAGCAUCAACAUGCCGAAGGCGUACAACAUCAUAACGUUGAAGGCAUACAACAUCAGAACGCCGAAGGCGUCCAGCAUCAGAAUGCUGAAGAUCUCCAACAUCAAAACGUUGAAGAUCGACCUAGAAGGCGCGGUCAUGCUGGUGAUGGAGGACCGCGGCAGCAGAACGCGGCUAAAGUUGAAGGAAACGCGCAGAAUGUGCAGAACCUUAACCUCGGCAACAAGCGGAAUGGUGGUGGUCCGAACGACAACCAGGAUGAAAAUUAUCUGGAGGAUGAAGAGGCUAAUGACAGCCCAUUCACUGAGAGGCUCAUGAACUUGGCCAUACCGCCGAGAUUCAAGAGCAUCAGGAUACCUCCAUACGACGGAAGUCAGGACCCAGAAGCCCACUUAGAAGCUUUCAAAACCGAGAUGCUAUUCAACGGGAUCACUGGACCUAUUAAGGCCAGGAUCUUUGCGACGACAUUGACUGGUCAUGCAAUGACCUGGAUAACCAGGCUCCCUAGGAACUCAAUCGACUCGUUUGAGGACCUAGCUCGGACUUUCCGACUUAACUUUGCAACAAGCAAAGUGCAUCCGAUGCCAGCCUAUGCUUUAGGAAGAAUCCGGCAGAAGGAGAACGAAUCGCUGAGGAAGUACCUCGACCGAUUCAAGGAUGUCGCCCUCAAGGUACGAGGGUUAACUGAAGCAGUCCACCUCCACUUAAUCAUUUCAGGAUUGGAUAGAGACUCCCCAUUGGCGAGGUCUAUCUACAAGAACCCGGUGAACGAUCUGGAGGAGUUCAGGAGAAGGUCGGACAAAUACAUUGACGUGGAGGACAUGCAAAAGGUCUAUGUCGAAUCACGAGGACGAAGCCCAACACGACGGAGUCCGAGUAAGAAAAACAACAAAGACCGGGACCAGAAGGGAUCCAAAAAAGCAAAGGACACUCGUGAUAAAAGGUCGGAAGACCAAUCACCAAGGAGGAAGUAUGACGAUUAUACGCCUUUGAACGUGUCCAGAUCCAAGAUAUGGAAAGAGGUAGCACAGACCGAGAUGCGCAAUGUCGAGAGACCUCGACCCCUCAAAGCCAAGUUCGGAUUAGAUAGAAGUAAAUACUGCGCAUUCCACGACCAAAACGGUCAUUUUACGGAUGAUUGUUGGGACCUCCGAGAUGCAAUUGAAAAGCACGUCAGAGAGGAAAAAUUAAAGCAGUAUAUCAUCCGAACACAGGGCAAGAAAAAUAAUAAGCGAAAGCAAAUGAGCCGAAGCCGAAGUCGAAGCCCAAAGAGAGAGGAUCGAAAGGAUCAAAGACAAGACCGACCUGCCAAAGGCAAAGAGGUCGAUGAAAAGGACGAGGCUUUUCCUGAAGCCGAAUUUGAAUGCAACGUGAUAAGUGGAGCUCUAGGUGGCGGAGGAGACUCGGCUAACGCCAGAAGAAAGUACCUAAAAGAGGUCAUGUCUGUAAGAGACAGGCCGACAUUCAAAGAGAAUGACAACAAACCCCCCCCCCCCCCGAGACUGUUCUUCACUCAGGAGGAACUAGCAAUGGUCGUACCCGGACACACUGACGGAUUGGUGAUCACCGUAGUGCUAGUCAAUUGCCGAGUGAAGAGAAUCUUUAUUGACAACAGAAGUUCAGCUGACAUAAUUCUCUGGGAUGCUUUCCAGAGGAUGAACCUGGAUGAGAAGGACUUGAAACCAUGUGUCACCGAGCUGGUCAGGUUCAACGGAGCGGCAUCCCCUCCAAAGGGCUACAUCGACCUAAAGUUGACCUUGGGCACGAAGGACUCGUUCCGAGCUGGAAGGGUUCGUUUCGUUGUGGUAGGCACCUCGUCUUCCUACAACGUGAUUAUUGGUCGGCCCACAAUCCAUUAA